AUGACAAAGCCCUAUGCCAAACCCAAAGAGAUGGCUGAACUCAUAUCUUCUCAACCGUGGAUAGAUGAAGCCCUGAGCUCCCAGGAUGAGAUGAAGGAGGAAGAUGGCCAACAAGCUUCCUAUGGUCUUCUUGCAGGCAUGAAUGAAGACCAUGACAGCAUUGAGGAGGAGGAGGAGGAAGAUGGUGGGAAGCCAAAGAGGAGGGGCCCAAAGAAGAAGAAGAUGACCAAGGCCAGGCUAGAGAGGUUCAGGGCCCGGAGGGUCAAGGCGAAUGCCCGGGAGCGAACAAGAAUGCAUGGGCUCAACGACGCCCUGGAUAACCUCCGGCGGGUGAUGCCCUGCUACUCUAAAACACAGAAGUUGUCCAAAAUUGAGACCUUGAGACUAGCCAGGAACUAUAUUUGGGCUUUGUCAGAGGUGCUGGAGAGCGGGCAGACGGCAGAAGGGAAAGGUUUUGUGGACAUGCUGUGUAAAGGUUUGUCCCAACCCACCAGCAACCUGGUGGCGGGUUGCCUGCAGCUGGGACCUCAGUCUUUGUUCAUGGAGAAACAUGAGGAAAAGAACCCUGUUUCUGACUCAGCUGUGUCCAGCCACAGUUUCUCCUACCAGUCUCCAGGGCUGCCCAGCCCCCCCUACGGAAACAUGGAGACACAUCUGGUACAUCUAAAGCCCCCCACGUUCAAAAGCCUGGUGGAUCCAUCUUUCAGCAACCAUCACCAAGACUGCACAUCUCCUCCCUAUGAGGGUCCCCUGACACCUCCGCUGAGCAUCAGUGGGAACUUUUCCCUAAAGCAAGAUGGGUCUCCAGACCUGGAAAAACCAUACAGCUUCAUGACUCACUACCCACCUGUCAGCCUGGGAAGUUCUCAUGGGCAUAACUCUCAUUUCUCAACCACCAUGCCCAGGUAUGACAUCCCCGUCGAUAUGACUUAUGACUCCUAUCCUCACCAUGUGGUUGCGGCCCAACUCAAUGCAAUAUUCAGCGAAUAA